GCUACCAAGCCUAAGCAGAGCAUAAUACAAACAAAUCAACAUCGAUCAGACAUGGCCACAAAUUCCAAAAUGACUCCGUUAGUUUAUUUCUUUUUACUUUGUCAUCUUUCCAGGAGCUCGCUGUCGAGGUCACCAGCCUCGGAGGAUGUCUUGGUAAAAGACAAUAUAUUUACUACUAAUGAACUUUGGGACAUGAAGUCUUUGCUCAGCCAAGAGGAGACUCUGUGGACUUUCAAGUCUAAUGAACAGAACAACAUGGACCCAGGAAGUCGAGCCGAGCGAAAAUCUUGCUACUGUUGGUCCGCUAACCUAACUUCUCAAACUUUUUCGAGGUCACCAGCUUGGAAAAAACUAUCACAUGCAUUGUCAUCUCACCUUAGAACGCAGGGUGAUUGUGGGAUACUUGAAAUCGAAGGCCAAAUCAACAUCAAAGCAAAACACUCUUGUACCAAGCGGUUUAGUAGUAAUGUCGACAGCAGCUAUAUUGUUGUUAUUUUUCUUGUAGAGAAUUGGAGAAAAAACGCUUAUGGUGAACUGGUUUUUUAUAAGGAGGGUGAGAUUCUGAAGGCUGUAUAUCCCAAGAGAGGAAGAACUGUGAUCUUUCCUGCCUCUUUGGAACAUGUACUCAAGCCUCCAGCAAUUGACUUGUCAGAACGCUUGUAUUUAAUGAGAAUUCACCUGUUAUUGUCUGAUCAGAAGAGGCAAUCAGGUACUGAAAGCAGUGAACAAUCAGCUGACAGUUCCUCAACAACAGAUUUGACAGAUUCUUACCCUUUUGAGCAUUUUGCUAGUUUCAAACUCUUACACAAAACUGACACAGCUCCUAGUGAAAAGCUAGACAUCAAACAGUUUAUCACUAGAAAUUUUACAACCGCUGAUGGUCGUAGUGUCAUUGUCUUGGAUAACAUCCUUCCCGCUAGGGAACUCAAUGCCCUAACAUAUACAGUUGUGAAUAGUGGAUAUAAUGACAAUGCUGCUGAUGCAGAUAGUGGAGAUAACGUACAGUGGAUUAUGGCAUUUGAAGUUGAAGACUUCGUGCAAACUACCCUGUGGCAGCUGGUCAGUCAGAUUGUAACUACUGUAUCAGGAAAGGAAGGUUAUUAUCCUUAUGACAUUGGAUGCAAUAACAUCCAAAGUAGUGAUACUACAACUAUUCACACAGAUUGUGCACAUUAUGAGGAUGAAUAUACUCUGCUAAUUUACCUCAAUCAAAACUGGACUGAGAACCAUCAUGGCGAGACGGUGUUCAUGAAUGAUAUGGAUGGAAAUGAGGUCAUCUUUGCAGUGAGACCAAGAUAUGGACGUAUUGCUAUUUUUCAUGGGACAAUCCCACAUAGUGCCCGACCACCACCAUUGACAUAUGAAGGUGCAAGGCUAAGUUUUGCAGUAAAGAUGUCACCAUCUAAAGAAAUUGCACUACGAAAGUCUACUAUGAUGGAAAUUGAUGUUCUGCAUGAUGCUUUGGACAUUUUGCAAGGAGAUGAAGCAGAAAAACUGAAAACAAUUAUUCAUGAGAUUGAGGAGGGAAAAUUGGAUCAAGAAGCAAUAUUUAAAGUGACAAAAAAGUAUGAAACAUGGAUAGAACUACUGAAAAAAGAUCUUGUGACAUGAGUUUUUAUGACAUCACUAUAGUGGAACCAGUUACCAGCUGUCACCAAAUCCUUGACCUCGACCUCGACCAAUGGUGUGGAGUUUGCAUGGCACCAGUGUAUGAACUGUAUAUACUAACUCAAAUUUUUAAUAUUAGGACUAGUUGCUUUUAGGACUAUUUUAUCUUAUAUUAGUAUAAAUCCACUAGCGUUCUAUCAAGAAUGCCAUUUUCUGAUUGGCUACUCUACUCACUAUCUAUUCUGUGAUAGAUUCUGAGUAGUGAGUAAUAAAGUUACCUUACCUUGCCUUACCUUUCGAUAUAAAAUACACUAAGCACUAACCCAAGGGAAGUAGUGAGUACUUUUGUUUCCCCCGAGACUCUCAACGUGGAGGGUCAAGUGGAAACAAAUCUCACUGUUUCCUUAAGUGUUUUAUUAUACAUCUCAACUCAAAAGCUGAACAAACUGCCAACAAAUUAUUUGCUUGAUGUCAGCUGGCACACAAAUUUGCAGCAGUUUCAAGGUGCACAACCUGAUCCCGUGUGAGACGAAAGUUACCAAGUUUGUCUCUGCGCCCUAAAGAGUUAUUGAAUUUUGAUCCGUGACGCGAAGUUUGAACUUAAGUAGUUUUUAAAAUGCCUAAUAUUGCUGUAGCGUCAUUGAAGAGGGAUACAGUUAACUUCCACGGAAGCUAGCCAGCUGGACUAUUUUUCGUAAUGAAGAUUUAUUAGUUUUAUUCAAGAGUUAAUUCUGCAAUUUUGGGAAUAAGUAGAAAUGGAAACUUCGUAGUGUUGAUUAGAAUUGAAGUACUUCCCGCUCGUAGUGUAUGUUAAAAGUUGCAUUGACAUGUUUGACUUGGGCAAAUGGCGUGUAAAGGAUGAUAUAUGGGCGAAUCUGACAGUCAUUUCGCGUGGUUCGGUGUAAUAAAGGAACAGAACUUUCGUGAUAUUUUAAAA